AUGGCGUCGAGUAGUGAACCAGCUAUUGAUUUGAAUGAGCAAUACGCUCAAAUCAGUUUGGAAGAUGAGGAAGAGGGCGUCCUGCUUGGUGGGGAUGAUGAGGGGGAGGAGAUUGCUUUUGACGAUCGAUGGUGUUUGGUGGGAAAAUUUCUUACGGGUAGGACUUUGGAUUUUGAUGCUAUGAGGCACAUGAUGGCUUCGUUGUGGCAGCCGGGAAAGGGUGUGUAUAUCAGAGAAUUGGAUACUAAUAGGUAUCUUUUUCAAUUUUAUCACGAGUUGGACGUUCAAGCGGUUGUUGAUGGUAGCCCAUGGACGUUUAAUAAGAGUCCCCUUGUUUUUCAUCGCUUACGGAAGGGGGAGGAUCCGAAGGUUGUCUUGCUGCAUAAGAUGGAUUUUUGGGUGCAGGUUCAUGAUUUAAAGUCUGGUUUUAUGAUGGAAAAGGUGGUCAGGAGUGCUGGUGAAUAUGUUGGUGGCUAUAUAAAAUCUGAUCCAAAAAACUUCAAUGGAUUAUGGAGAGAUUAUCUCAGGGUAAGAGCAACAAUUGAUGUCAAUAAGCCAUUGAAACGGAGAAUGAAGCUUUGCAAAGAAAAUGGUGAAUGGAUAUGGGCGAAUUUCAAAUAUGAACACCUUCCAACAUUUUGCUUUGUGUGUGGAAUCAUAGGUCACUCCGAAAGAUUUUGUCCUAAACGGUUUGACCAACCGAUUGAUCAAUUGAAAAAGCCAUAUGGGAUUUUCAUGAGGGCGCAGAUGAAGAAAAAGAAUUAUCUGAUUGGAGCACAGUGGCUACGCACAGGACAUGACGAUGGUGGAGCCGCCGGGUUGAGUGGUGUCUCUGGAAAUUCUGGGGCCGGAGCUUAUGCAUCUUCAUUGCCUAAAAUUAUGGAAAUUGAUUGUGGUAAUCAGGAUGGUGAUCAUAAUCCCAUAAUUUUAGGAAAGAAUCAAAGUGAGAUAGUAAAAGGUGGAGGGGUGGUUAAUGGGCAGAAUAAUGGGAAGGGUCAAAGCCACAUAAUAAGGGAAGAUGAAUCUGCAUUGAAUGAGGAUGAUUUGCUUCUUAUUCUUGAUAACAAAAGAAGACGUAUGGGAAAAGAGAAGGUAAUUAAUAGUGGGGACAAUGAAGUGGAUGGUCAUGUUGGGCAAGAUGAUUCAAAAAACGUUUUACAGAAAGAUGUUAUUGAAAGGCUUCGUGUGGCUAUUGGGUUUGAUGGAGCUCUUGCUGUGGAUUCGGUUGGUAGGAGUGGGGGAGUGGCUCUCUUAUGGAAGGUCGAAGAGGACGUGAAGGUGCUGGAGUACGGAGGAUCGUAUAUUGAUGUUGUGAUUAGUGGUAGUGAUCAAGGACAUUGGCGAUUGACGGGGCUCUAUGGUGAACCGAAUAGGCAGUGGAGAAAGAGAACCUGGGAUCUUAUUUGUGAGCUGAAAAAUAAAUCUACAUUGCCUUGGUGCAUAAUCGGAGAUCUUAACAAUGUCACUUCUCAUGAUGAUAAAAGAGGUGGCAACCCUUAUCCUAGAUGGCUUAUUGAUGGCUUCAAUGAUACGUUGGCGGUCUGUGAUCUUCAUGACUUGGAGUUAUCUGGGUACCCUUACACUUGGGAGCGUUGUCGAGGUACAUUGGAUUGGGUUGAGGUUCAGAUUGAUAGAGCGUUGGUGUCUCAAUCUUGGUUAGAUUAUUUCCCCUCUGCUAAGCUUUUCAAUUUAGAAACUUCUACUUCUGAUCAUACUCCGUUACUUUUGACUACUGUUAAUCAAGUUGUAGUGGCUAAGAAUAAGUUUUUUCGCUUUGAAAAUUCCUGGCUUAAAGAGCCAUUGUUUUUCGAAGUUGUGAAAUCUUCUUGGGAGCCAGGCAAUUCGAUUGGGGUUAUAGACAAGGUGAAACAUUGUGGGGAAGUUUUGUUGAGUUGGGGAAAGGAUUACUCUGGGAAUUUUUCUAGGAGAAUCAAGGAUUGUAAGGAGGAGAUGAAGCAGUGGAAGCGAGGCCGUGAUGUUGUUUCAUUGGAAAAUUAUAAAUCGGCUAGUGCUAAAUUACAAGAUAUCUUGCUGCAAAAAGAAAUAUUUUGGAAGCAAAGGAGUAAGCAGCUUUGGUUGCAAGAAGGAGAUAGCAAUUCAAAAUACUUUCAUGCUAUCGCAACUGCGAGAAGGCGAAGAAAUUCCAUCCAAAAACUUCGAAAUUCUGCUGGUACAUGGGUGGAUUGGCAAGGUGGAUUGUCUUUGGUGGUUGAGGAUUAUUUCUCCCAGCUGUUUUCCUCAACAGCAGCUGCCAGUAAUACUGAUAUAUAUCAGUAUAUUUCUGCUUCAGUCACGGCAGAUCAGAAUGCAAAGCUGCUGGAGCCAGUUUCAGAUGUGGAAAUUCGGAGUGCCCUCUUCCAAAUGCACCCGGAUAAAUCUCCAGGACCUGAUGGCAUGACUCCAGGAUUUUAUCAAAAAUGUUGGAGCACUGUAAGUACUGAUAUCAUUUCUCUUGUCCAGAAUUUUUUUGUGGUUGGUUCAUUUCCAAGAGAGUUGAACUUUACUAACAUAGUGCUUAUCCCGAAAAAGAAACAUCCUGAAUCUAUGAGUGAUCUUCGUCCAAUUUCGUUAUGUAAUGUGCUCUAUAAGAUUAUAUCGAAGGUUUUGGCUAAUAGAUUCAAAGAAGUCCUACCGAAUGUUAUAUCAGAUAAUCAAAGUGCCUUUCUUCCGGGGCGUCUGAUUUCUGAUAACAUUAUGAUAGCCUUCGAAAUUAUGCAUUACCUGAAGCGUAAAAGAGUUGGUAAGGAGGGAUUUAUGGCUAUUAAGCUUGACAUGAGCAAGGCAUAUGAUCGUGUGGAAUGGCCUUUUAUUGAAAAUAUGCUUCUUCAUAUGGGUUUCAGUAGUCAUUGGGUGCAACUUAUUAUGUUUUGUGUGACUACGGUUACUUAUAACGUGACUCAUGGUGGUCAUCUAAUGGGACCUAUCACUCCUGGUAGAGGUUUGCGACAAGGAGAUCCAUUAUCUCCUUACUUGUUCUUGAUUUGUGCGGAAGGUUUUUCCUCUUUGCUGAAACAUUAUGAGAGACAACGUUGGUUGACUGGCUGCCGUGUUGCUAGAGGUGCUCCUAUGGUUUCUCAUAUGUUAUUCGCAGACGAUAGCUAUGUUUUCUGUAAAGCCAAUGAUUUUGAGUCUCAAAAUGUGAUGCGCCUCCUUCAUAGUUACGAAAUUGCUUCGGGGCAACAAGUUAACUUUGCUAAGUCUUCAGUCUUCUUUAGCAAAAAUACUUCUGAGGCUAUUCGUGAUCGAGUUUGUGGUGUUAUGGGCCUUAGUGCAGCUUCGAAUGAUAGUUUCUACUUGGGUUUGCCUUGCAUAAUGGGGAGGAAUAAGAAUGCAAUUCUUGGCUUUUUGAAGGAAAAGAUGAGGAAAAGGAUCUUUAGUUGGGAAACAAAGUUCUUGUCUAAAGCUGGGAAAGAAGUAUUGAUAAAGUCGGUGGCUCAAGCAUUGCCAAGCUAUGCUAUGAGUGUUUUUCUUUUGACCCAAGAGAUUUGUUCAAGUCUUGAGAGUAUGAUGGCGCGGUUUUGGUGGAAAUCACAAUCAAACUCAAGUAAGGGAGUGAGUUGGGUGAGUUGGAAACGUCUUUGUCAACAUAAGAAUUUUGGUGGCCUUGGGUUUCGAGACCUUAGGGACUACAACUUGUCUUUUCUAGGAAAACAAGGAUGGCGUUUGCUCACGAUGGGAGACACUCUUGUUGGUCAAAUCUAUAAGGCUAGGUAUUUUCCUCAUGGUUCCUAUCUUGAUGCUGAGUUAGGAAAGAAUCCUAGUUUUAUUUGGCGAAGUAUAUGGGCUGCUCAAGAUUUAGUUCGAAAGGGUGCAAGAAGGUCAGUUGCUGAUGGUUCCUCAAUUAGUAUUCUCAAAGAUCCUUGGUUGCCUCAUGAUACGAACCCAUAUGUUGUUACAACACAUCCUGGGCUUGUUGAUAAGCAUGUGUCUAACCUGCUGAAUGUUGGGGAGAGGUCUUGGGAUAUGGAAAUUUUAAAUGACAUGUUUGAGGAGAGGGAUGUUAGCUUGAUCAAAAAUAUUCAGUUAAGUAGCUCUAGCUUUGUGGAUAGUUGGUGUUGGAACAUGGAAACCUCGGGAUUUUAUUCAGUCAAGAGUGCGUACAAGUUCCUUCAAUCUUCAAGUGGAAAUUGGCUUUUUACACAAGAUAAUAGUGGCUGGAAAAAAUUGUGGCAGAUUUCAGUUCCAUCCAAAGUUCAUCAUUUUCUAUGGAAAGCUUGUUCGGGUUGUCUCCCAACUAAGGUACAACUUCAAACAAAACAUGUCAAUGUUGAUCUUAUGUGUCCCUUGUGUAAUUUGGAGAUUGAGACUAUUUUUCAUGUUCUCUUGGGCUGCAAUUUUUCGAAAGCUUGCUGGUUUUUCUCAGCUGCAACACAGCCGACUGGUGUGUUUUCUGAGUUUUCUUGCUGGUUUUUUGAUCUGUUGGAGAACAGCUCGACUGCUGCUGUUGUCGAGGCUGCCAUGCUCAGUUGGAGCAUUUGGAAGACAAGGAACGAAGUGCUAUGGCAACACAAAACCAGAUCUGCUUUACAAGUAGUUCAGUCGGCGAAGCAAGUCCUUAACAAUUGGAAAGUUGCUAAAUUUCAGUCCCCUGCUGCUUUGUAUGCCACGGGUGAAGCUGCAAUUAGUAAUUUAUGGCGUAAACCAAGUGUUGAUAUGGUUAAGGUAAAUGUCGAUGGAGCUCUUUUCCAAACACAACAAAAAUUUGGCUUUGGUUGCAUUGCUCGGAAUCACAAUGGCCACCUUUUGGAAGCUCGAUCUGUAAGUAGAUGGGGAUGUGUUCUUCCUGAAAUUGCAGAGGUUAUCGGGAUCAAGGAGGCCUUGAGUUGGAUAAAGACGCGAGGUUGGGAUAGGGUGGUAGUUGAAACUGACGCAUUAGUUGUGGUCCAAGCAAUCAAUAGCUCAGUUCAUAUGCCAUCUCAAUUUGGGUUAUUGGUGGAAGAUUGUCGUUCUAUUUUAUUAUCUUUGAAUAAUGUAGCGGUUUCUUUUGUGAAUCGAUCUGCAAAUAGGGCUGCCCAUAGUCUUGCUAGGGAGUCUUGUUUUCUGUCAGAUUGUACCUACAAUGAGCUAAACGCUCCUCCUUUUCUGUAUGACAUUGUUAUGGCUGAGGCCAGUUAUUAA